AACCUCGGAAUAUUCCUCGACUCAGAUGUUUUAUUUUUCAGUAGGUAGUCAUGAACAAUUGCAAUAUACAACAUUUGAAGUGCAAGAAAUGUAGACAAAUUAUUUUGAAUAAAGACCAGUGUACUGCUUUAAUUAAUGCUCACAACGAUAAGGAUUAUCAAGGUGAUUGUGUGUCAGUUACAGAAGAAACAUUGAUCUUUGUAGAUGAGUCUUGCCUGCCAGAGUGGAUAAAAGCUUCUGUUGAAGAAGAACAGUGGGCAAAAGGCAAAUUAAAUUGUCCUAGUUGUAACGCACGAGUUGGGGCGUUCGAUUUUGUGUCUGGUAUUAAAUGUGAUUGUAAAACUUCAGUUUUACCUGCAGUUUACUUCAUCAAAAGUAAAGUUGAUUUGCUGAAAUAAACAAAUCUUUACAACAUGAGGUUUAAAUUUUGUGGAGAUGCUGAUUGUCCUGAUUGGGUUCUGGCUUCAAUCAAUAAUCUCUCAAAACUAUCAUCAGUCAAGCUUAAACAACUCACCAAUGUGGUUGCUAAAGGGUUUGGAGCACCAACCCUUAUGAUGGGGAAUGCUGAGAAGUUAUUCUCAGACUCGAAACUUGAUCCAACUAUUUCUUUGAAAGCUUGUAUAGCUUGUAUACAAUACAUUUUAUAUUCAACUGUGAGGUAUAACUGUGAUCAUAAUGCAUUGAACAGUGAAUUACAACAGUUGGGGUUACCUCGCGAGCAUUCCACGGCAAUAAAGAAGGUUAUUGAUGAUCAAGCCCAAGAAAUCCAUGCUAUACUAAAGUCAUCUUCUCUGAAAAUUAAUCCAUUACAAGAUGUUUCGCUAUCAAUCGAUGAUGAAACAAACUGCGCCAAAAUGCAGCUGACAAUCAAUGGGAAUACACGGAAUGUUAUUAUGACUCCACACACUGUUGAUGUUCUGUUGGACAAUUUGAAGAGAGUGCAACAAACUAUGGUGGAACUGAAUACCGCGCCUAAUCCUCUAAGUUAAAAUAUAUAUUACACCAUAUAUAAAUUUGGGAAAUAUUUGUAUGAAUAAACAAAUUACAGUUUUAAA